AUGUCCUCCUUCUUCACGCUCCCCUCUGCAAAGAAGCGCAAGCGUCCCGACAACGCUCUCACGGCGCCUCCCAAGAAACGACUCGCAUCGUCCGCCAAAUCUAAGUCCAAACCAGCGCCCGCACGGAGACCACAGCGAGAUGAAUCGAUUUCCGGCAGUGAUGACGAUCACGGCGAAGCUAGGGACCAAGAUGAAGAUAUGCCAGAUACCAGCGGGAGUAGCGAUGAAGGCGAGGGAGGAGAGGAGGAAGAGACGGCUGCCGAGAGACGAUUGAGGCUUGCCGAAAGAUAUCUCGAGAAUAUCCGUGGAGAGGUGGAAGCUGCGAACCCGGAAGAAUUCGACGCCGAGGAAAUCGACCGGGACUUGAUUGCGGAACGCCUGAUUGAGGAUGUAGCCGAGAGUAAAGGGCGCAUGUACCGCGACUCGCUCUCCUCCGAACUCGACUUUUCAGGCGCAGGUCACAGCUGGUUCAAGUGGAACACACAGACGGUGACCAGCGUAGCGACACGUCUCCCAUGGGCGUAUACCGUUGGCAAGGAUAUGGGCCUCACGAAAUGGAAGAUCCAAGAACUACCAAAGCAUCAAUGGCUUCCGAAAGCUGGGAAAAAAGCAAGCAAGAAGGCCAAACCGCCGCCGAAGCGUGUACCAGAGCAGAUCGCCCACGUCAAGGGUAACAGGAAGGAGAGCAAGAACAACGCCUACAAAGGCCACGUCGAUACCAUUCUCACGGUGGCCGCAAGCCAGGACGGUAGAUUUGUAGUUACAGGCGGCAAGGACAGGCGAAUCGUCGUCUGGGAUGCUGCUACGCUUACAUGUCUGCGAGUGUUCCAUCAGCAUCGUGACGCAGUGCUCGGCCUUGCCUUCAGGAGAGGGACGAACCAGUUGUAUAGUGCGAGUAAGGACCGCACAAUUAAGAUCUGGAGUCUGAACGAGCUCGCGUACGUCGAAACACUAUUCGGACAUCAGGAUGAAGUCGUUGAUGUCUCGGCCCUGGCGCAGGAGAGAUGCAUCUCAGUUGGUGCUCGGGACCGCACAGCACGCUUGUGGAAAGUCGUCGAAGAGACGCAGCUUGUGUUCAGAGGAGGUGGAGGAGAGAAGAAAUCACGGUCGAAAGCCCCCGGUAGACCAUCGGUGCAGGAAGGCAGCAUUGAUCGCGUGGCGAUGAUCGACGAAGAGAUGUUCGUUACGGGAUCUGACAAUGGCAGUCUGUCACUUUGGGUAGUACACAAGAAGAAACCCCUUUUCGUGCUCCCGUUAUGUCACGGUGUCGAUCCUGCCAUGAAAGCUGAAGAUGUAUCCGCUGAAAAACACCCCAAGGAGGAGGUCAUACCGCAGCCUACACCGCGCUGGAUCACCGCUCUAGCCACAAUACCCUACUCCGACGUGAUCCUCUCAGGAAGCUGGGACGGAGAGAUCAGAGCGUGGAGGGUUAGCGACGACAAGAAGAAGAUCGAGUCGUUGGGAACCUUGGGAGCAUCCGGCAUCAUCGCAAACGGCACCGGCACAACUACCGCCUUGACCAGCCAUCCGGAUCUCGCAGAAGGCGAUUCUGCCCCAUCCCAACCACCACCGCCACCACCAGGCCCUAUACGCGGCAUCAUAAACGACAUCUCCCUCUUCGAGCGCGGUGACCGCGGUAAAGACGGCGUGUGCGUCGUCGUCGCAGUCGGCAAAGAGCACCGCAUGGGCCGGUGGAUCCAGAGCGCGAACGGGAAGAACGGCGGCGUCGUGUUUGAGAUUCCUAAGAUCCUUGCGGGGAAUGGUUCGCUGGACGAGGUGGAAGGGGAGCAGAAGGGGGAGGGGGAGGGGCAGGCUAAAAUUGUUGGGAAGAGAGUCGAAUGA